AUGGCCGACAAACUUCGUACCCAGCAGGAGCUCGAGCGGCUCCAGGCCAAAUACAUCGGCACCGGCCACCCAGACACGACCAGUUGGGAGUGGAAGACCAACGUCUUCCGUGACACGUACUCGAGCCUGGCGGGCCACCCGCCCCAGCUUGCCUACAUCGCGCUCGCCCAGAACGAGCCGGUCUCCAAGGUGCGGGCGCAGCUGAUCAGGAAGAUGGUACAGCCAUGCGGACCCCCUCCGCCUCGUGAAGGGGAAGAGCCUGUGGUCCGGAGACAGCAGGACGACUCAUGA